AUGUCUUCCGAUCCCAAGUCCACCCAGGGGGAGGGCAACAAUCCCGAGAAAUGGCCCCAGGACGAAAAACCAACCCACAGCCACCAGCAUAGCCAGCAACAAAGACAACAGUCCGUCGAUUCCUCCGAGAGCGAAAGCCUAUACGAAAUCCAACCUGUUCGCAGCGAACGCCAGGUCCAUCCAGAACUUAGGGGGACCGGAGACGGAAUGCUCACACCCCAAAUCUCACGAAUGUCACACAAUUCUCUGGCACGCAGAGCCACCACACGCGGCACAACGGGGACAACCGAUCCGAACUUUGAGGUGGAUUGGGACGAUGAGGAUGACCCCCAGAAUCCGUGGAAUUGGUCGUUGCCGUAUACCGCGAUGUGUAUUGCGUUUUUGUCGUACAAUACCUUGGUGAUUGUCCUAUUUUCCACUAGCUAUACCUCCGGCACGGCGCAGAUUGCCAAAGAAUUCGGCAUCUCCGAAACAAUCGUCACAUUGGGUCUGACAUUUUACCUCUUAGGUCUGGCAUUAGGCUCCGUGGUCAUGGCUCCGCUCAGUGAGAUCUAUGGCAGAAAACCAGUUACGAUGGCUAGUAUGAUAGUCUUUAACGUGAUGAUCAUUCCAGUUGCUGUGGCCAAGUCCAUGCCCGUCAUCAUCGUCUUUCGAUUCAUCGGGGCCAUUGCCGGAAGUGUCAUGAUCAGUAGUGCGCCAGGUAUGGUGGCCGAUAUCAUCCCACCCCAGAAGCGAGCUCUUGCAUUCUCUAUCUGGAGUAUAGGGCCCAUCAAUGGUCCAGUGGUUGGCCCUAUUCUCGGCGGUUUCGUAACUCAAUACCUCGGCUGGCGAUGGACUUGCUGGAUCAGUCUCAUGCUCGGCGGUGUUGCUUUGGCAUUUUCCUGCAUCAUGAGAGAGACGUACGCCCCAGUCAUUUUGCGAAAGAAAGCUGCUCGUCUUCGCAAAGAAACGGACGACACUCGAUGGUGGUGUCGGUAUGAUUACAAGGUGCCGUUGAAGGAGACCAUGAAGACGAAUCUGAGCCGUCCUUUCGUCAUGGCUGUGUUGGAGCCUAUUUGCAUUUUCUGGAAUCUGUACAUUGGUGUCGUUUAUGGCAUCCUGUAUCUGUGCUUCACCUCGUAUCCUAUCGUGUUUGGUGAAAUCAGAGGUUGGAGUCUCGGGGUAUCAGGGCUGGCAUUCUUGGGUAUCGGGAUUGGGACGAUCGUAACAAUCGUGUGCGAACCAUUCUUCCGCCGGAUGAUCCAGAGCCACAAAAAAGAUCCCGAAACUGGCGAAGUAUUCCCCGAAGCGAUGGUGUCCGUAGUCUGCAUCGGCUCAAUCCUUAUUCCCAUCGGUGAGCUGUGGUUCGCGUGGACAUGCUCGCCCGCCUCGAUUCCAUGGCCUGCUCCAAUCGCUGCAGGUAUAUUCUUUGGCGCCGGCAACACUUGCGUAUUCAUUUAUUCGUCCAACUACAUGACCUUCAGUUAUGGUAUCUUCGCUGCAUCAGCGCUAGCGGGGAAUUCGCUCAUCAGAAGUAUCAUGGGUGGUAUUAUGCCGCUGAUCGCGACAUACAUGUACAACAGCCUUGGGCCUAACUGGGCCGGCACAUUGCUCGGAUUGUUGGAAGUGGCUUGCAUCCCGAUUCCGUUCAUCUUCUGGAAGUACGGAUAUAAAAUCCGCCAAAAGAGCUUGUUUAUUCGGUCGAUGCAAGAGGAUCAGAGACGACUAAAGGGGAAAAGAGAAGCCAGGGAAGCAAGAAAUGCAACACUUGAAGACGUUUUCGAAGGAAGUGCCGAGCCACAAGAUAUCGAAAAGUGUGCUCAUGUCAAAGUUGACGAAUAA